GACAUUUGUCAUUUUGGGCAGUCGUUUGCGUAAGAUUACGUGAAUUUAGACAUUUGUUAAUUGUUGAAGAAAUUAUUAAAAUAUUUUAUCGUUCACUAAAAGCGCUUAGUAAAAUGUUGCGAAACGCUCGUUCCUGCAAUUCACUUGCUGCACGCUUGUAUUCCCAGGGAACUGGAGCUGCAAAACCAACAGCAACUGCCACCAAACCUCCAACUUCAAAUGUCACAGGUCUGAGCUCCAAUUGUGUGAAACCCACAACUGGUCCAGUGGGUCCUGGCGCUGCCGCUGAUAGUCCAAACUACAAAGUUCCAGAAUAUUUUUUAUUUAAUCGUUUCUCCUAUGCUGAGGCCGAAGUUGAAAUGGCCAAAUAUCGCUGUCCCCAACCAUCCGCUUUGAAGAAGUAAAUAACUCUAAACAAUGUUUUAGCAAAAUUGUUGGAAAAAAAAUUCAAUUGUAAAUGAAUGAGUGUUUUAUUGAUGUGAAGAAUAAAUCUAUACAAUUAGCGUGA